GAACAAACGUUCGGACGUAUAUCACGGCAUGUGGAAGAACUCCGGUCCCCGCUCCCGGCAGCGAAGUGCGCUUCGUGCUCUGAUUCGUUGAUAUCGGACUUGCACGACGAUUAUAGUAACAAGAACACAAAGGGGCAGUUGUCUUCACCCCGACAGCGCAAAUCUCCCACGUAGGGCUAAGCCUGGCUGGGCAGUUGGGGACGAGUUUGAAGAGACAUUGCCUCCAGUUGUGAAGUCAGCAAUGCGGGUCACUCUGACACCAAGUCGAGCAACGAACCUGCUCCUAAAGGGAUGUAUGAGGAACGGCCUGGGUAUAUAAAGGACGAGACCGGAGUGUGACCAAAACCCCUUUCGCUGGCCUUACCAAUCUCAAUGCUUGCAAGACCAUUGCAAACUAGAGCGACAACACGACAAGGAUGGCGCAAUCCGACUACACCCCCCUGAACGACACUCGGGAAGCCGAGGGAAUCCAACCCAUUCAUUCCGACGCGUACAAUCUCCCCACACGCCCCAAAAGCUGCCAAGGAAGUGCAUCACAGGAUGAGGCAGACCACGAGCAGAGGCUCCCGCUGGGCAAAGCCAUCAAGCUGUACCCGAAGGUUGCUCGCUGGUGCCUGGUCAUGACUCUUGCCAUCAUCAGCUGGGGCUACCAACUCGUCAUUGUGGGCGCCAUCGUCAGCGUGGAUGCGUUCAAACGAGACUACGGAGAGACAUUCGAAAGGCGGCAAAUCAUUCCCUCCAUGUGGUUGUCCAUGUGGUUUGGCUUGCCGCCAGCAGGGACAGCAUGCGGCGCCGUGGCUGCUGGAUGGCUGGGCGAUCGUAUCGGACGCAAGUGGACGCUUUUCACUGGCAGCAUCGUUUCUGCCGGGGCAGUCGUCGUCAUAUUCUUUUCGCACGUGGGCGACACAGCUGUGACGAAGAGGGCCAUGUUUACCGGUGGCAUUACGAUCCAAGGGUUUGCAGUCGGCCUGAUCAAGACGACUUGCCUCACGUACGUAUCUGAGAAUGCGCCUACAUCCAUGCGCGGCUCCGCCAUGGCUCUCUUUCCGACGUUCACUCUCGUGGGCCAGUUGAUCGGAUUCGUGGUGACAUAUGUCACGAAUGGGGUCCCGAGUCGGCGUGGCUAUCUGGGUGCAUUGGGCUCGCAAGGCGUCCUGGCUCUCGCGCCCUUGAUCAUCUCCUUGACGAUGCAUGAGUCGCCUGCGUGGUUGCUGCGCAAGGGCAAGACCGAUCGAGCCUUUAGGAGUGCAACAAAGCUCUUUGCGUCCAAUAUCAGCCCAUCUCUGGUAUUGAAGGGCUACCGCGACACGCUGGAAGAAGAGCGAGCCACAACAGGAGGCGCAACCUUUGCCGCCUGCUUCAAGGACACCAACCUUCGACGGACAUUCAUCACCAUCCUCGCCAACGUCUUCCCAGCUUUGUUCGGGCUCGAUCUCCUCUCGAAUGCAAACACCUUCCUCGAGACCGUGGGGCUCGAUUCCAGCACCGCGCUGCUCAUGAUGAUCGCCGGGGUGGUGGCGGGCAUCGGGGGCAAUGGGGUUGGUAUCUGGACGCUGUCAAAAGUCGGACGCAGACCGGCCACAUUCUGGACGAUGGGCGUUGCUGCUGCGUUCUGGGGCGGUGUUGGCGUGUGCGGCUUUUUCAGGGACAAAUCGACCAUUGCACCCUACUUUGUUGCUGGCUUCAUGGUUGCGACGAUUAUCGUCUGUGGUCUGGGUUGCUGGCCUGCUGGGUAUGCGAUCCUGGGCGAAACGCCAUCUCUGCGCCUCCGAGCCAAGACGCAGGGCAUUGGGAACGUGUCUGCGCAGGCGGGCUCCAUCGUCAUGGCGGCAUCGUUGCCAUAUCUAUAUCAGGUGGAUGCUGCGGACCUUGGAGCCUUCACGGGGUUCAUUUACUGCGGAUUGUGCACAAUUGGAGUGGCUGUGGGGUUCUUCUGCCUCCCGGAGAUGAAGGGGCGCAGUGGGAUCGAGAUUGAUCGCAUGUUUGAAUUAAGGCUUCCACCCCGGAAGUUCAGGGAUUGGCGAGGGCCUCCAGUAGACCCGAUGGAUGUGAGUGAGGUCGGCAUACGAAGGGGAUGAAUGAGGACUGAACGCGGGACAGCGAGGAUGUUGAGUCGUUGACAAUGUAGAGUUAGGUAAGGUAGAAGGGCCCUAUACCAGGGCUGGCUCCUGUUAGGGUACUAAAAGACAGGACAAGCCUUUAGAUUCAAUCGCAUGGCAGAUGAUAAGUCGUACCUUUUAAGAAGUUGCUACGCAGUUCCGUGUUGGUGAUAGGAAAGCUGCUCGCCAAGGUAUAAUGCAUUACUUGGGCCCUAAGCUGGAUAACCCGAUAAUUUACAUCAUAAUUGGUGGGGUUGGCGGCCUACUGAAGGUG